AUGACGAAUGUGUCGCGGAGGAACCGCUGGGCUGGGAUGGAGCACGGUGGGGGGGCGACCUCGCAGAUCACCCCAAGCGCCGGCGGCAGCGGCUCCAGCACCGCCAACGGCACCCAGCAGCAACCACAACAGCAGCAGCAGCAGCCAUCAGCCACAUGGACAGAGCCCCCCUGGUGCGGCUGGAUAGAGACCACAGGCGACGCCCUCCUCAUCCUCGAGGCUGCUCGCCGUGGUCUUAUCCCACGCGUAACCCGCCGCCUCGUCGACAGCGAGCGCAAGAUGAUCACCUCCGGCUCCGUCUUCGUCUUCGACGAGGACGAGAGCGGCAUCAAGCGCUGGACCGACGGCUUCUUCUGGUCUCCCUCCCGCAUCCUCGGCAACUUCCUCAUCUACCGCGAGACCGACAAGCGCGGCGCAGGCCAUCGCGGCGUCCGUGCACCACCAGACCCCACGCCCGAGGGCAGCCAGCCAGAGCACUCGCAGUACAACGUGGACGGCGUGCGGCUCGAGGGGCAGACGCUCAGCAGACCAAAGGGGGAGAACUCGGGCAUGGGCCUCGACAGGCACCGGGAACGGACGCUUGUUGGUAGCCUCACCAACUCUUACAAGUUCAAGUCGGAUGGUCUCAUGAAAAAGACGUUCUCGCUCACCAUUGGCGGCGUCUCCCAACACCUCAUCUCCUACUACAAGGUCGAAGACGUCGAACAAGGUCGCCUUCGCUCCCCAUCCUCCCUCCCCGAGCUCGCCUCGCUCGACAUCUCUCCCGAAUACCUCGACAAAACCCACUUCCGCAACCCACCCAAGGUCGAAAUUGGCGUCGACGGCAUCCCGCGUUACCGCGGCGAGGCCGACGACGUCGACUCAGGCAUUGUCCAGCCUCCCCUCCUCGCUGGACCCCUGGCCAGCGGCCUCCCCCUUCUCACCGACGGCCGCGCACCAGCAAACAGCCGCUCACGGUACAUGCCUUAUGGCGCCACGACACCCUCCUCGUCCAAGCGCGCGCGCAAGGGCAAGGCGCCCGCGGGAAACCCCGGUUCCGACGGGAGUGGGUCAGCCCUGUCACCGACUGACGCCCACGCCCCUUCACUCCCGUCGCCAACGUCGCCCGUGCCCGGAGGCCCGCCGCAUGGGUUUCCAGGCGAGCCUGGCGUGCCGGGGCAGUAUGCUGCGUCGUACCCGCCAAUGCCGGGGUGGCCGUCGGUCCCGGGGUACCCGCAUCCAUCGCAUUACCCGCCCAGCCCGUACGGCACGCCCGCGCCGCCUCCCUUGCACGGAUCGUCGCCACCCCCGCACAGUCACAGCCAGAGUCCGCCCACGGCGUACGCAUAUCCGCCGUAUGGAAACGGCGGUGGUGAUCCUGCAACAGCCAGCACGUCUGGGCAGCCGGGGAUACUGGGCACGUCUCCGCCGCCUCCUGGGGGACCGGGGCAGCCAGGGUUCUAUCCGUACUACGGGCCGCCGCCGCAUGCGCACGCGUACGGAUCGUGGCCCCCAUACGGCGGCUCCUGCGGCCCAGACGGUGGGAGACGACAAGGAUGGAGAUAGCGCUUAAAAAGGCUUUUGAGCUCUUUGUUUUGGUUGUCUGAUAGUUUGGUUGAGGACGGUGUGAUUAUGGUUGUCCGAGGCCACAUUGCGCCGUAUUGCAUGUUGCGUGUUGAUGUGCUGUUGCAUAUAUUCCCACUUUUUACCCUAUGCCCGAGUCUGGAUUAUGGUCUCGUUCGUCUGUCUUCCGUUCUCUCUGUAAUCCCCAUUCGCUCUAUAUCUUUCCCUCCUGUUUUCGACCUUCGACCUUCGAUCUUCUUUCCCUGUCCUCUUUUUCUUUGUUUGUUUUUUGUUUGUGUUUCCUCGUGCAUUCCGUGUAAUACCAGUUGCAUCCCCGCUUUCAUGCGCAUUGUCUCCAUAGCCCAUUCACUUCUCUUGUCUAGUCUCUUUGUUCUCCAUCCC